UCCUCACCCACCCUAAUCUCAGGAAUCACCAGCCCCCCCCUCCUCGACUCCAUCAAGACAAUCCAGGGCCACGGCUUGCUGGGGGCACCCAAGGCUGAGCGGGGCCGGAAAAAGAUCAAGGCGGAAAACCCUUCGGGACCGCCGGUGCUGGUGGUGCCCUACCCCAUCCUGGCCUCAGGGGAGACGGCCAAAGAGGGCAAGACGUACAGGUGUAAGGUCUGCCCCUUGACGUUCUUCACCAAGUCGGAGAUGCAGAUCCACUCCAAGUCGCACACAGAGGCCAAGCCCCACAAGUGCCCCCACUGCUCCAAGUCCUUCGCCAAUGCUUCCUACUUGGCCCAGCACCUGCGCAUCCACCUGGGCGUCAAACCCUACCACUGCUCCUACUGUGAGAAGUCCUUCCGCCAGCUCUCCCACCUCCAGCAGCACACCCGAAUCCACACCGGUGACAGACCCUACAAGUGCCCGCACCCCGGCUGCGAGAAGGCCUUCACCCAGCUCUCCAAUCUCCAGUCCCACCAGCGCCAGCACAACAAGGACAAGCCCUACAAGUGCCCCAACUGCUACCGGGCGUACACAGACUCGGCCUCCCUGCAGAUCCACCUGUCGGCACACGCCAUCAAGCACGCCAAGGCCUAUUGCUGCAGCAUGUGUGGCCGUGCCUACACCUCGGAGACCUAUCUGAUGAAGCACAUGUCCAAACACACGGUGGUGGAGCACCUGGUCAGCCAGCACUCGCCGCAGCGGACAGAGUCGCCCGGCAUUCCUGUACGGAUCUCCCUCAUCUAAGCGGGGAGGGGACAGGACCCCCCCAGAACAAGGAGGAGGAAGAGGAGGAGGAAGGAGGAGGAGGACGUGACCCCCAGCACCGCGGGCUGUGCCUGGGCCUUGCUCCUGCCCGGCUCCCGCAGGUUUGGUGACAUCCAAAGACGGUUUCAGAGCACUUUGAAUCUCUGCGGUUUGGUUUCUUUGGGGGAAGUCAGUAGGGGUGGGGGUGUCCCCCCUGGCAGGCCUGCCCUGCCCCCCAUUUUUGGAUACAAAUAUAUAUAUAUAUAUAUAUAUAUAUUUAUUGGCCAAGAACUUGGUGCUGCUAAAGACCAGAAAUUCACCCCAAAAACAAACCGUGGAUGGAGCAAAAAGCAGCUGGGGGAGGGGGAAAGUCCCACCACCUCCCCCCCUCCAGACUCUGGGCUCAAGCGCCUCCAUUUAGGGUUGAUUUUUAACCGUUUUGGGGUUUUUUUUGUGUUCAUUUGGGGUCCCUUUUAAAGGCGAAGCUGCAGGCAGAGCUGCAACCCCCUGGGGACGGCCCCCCCAUUCCGCAGCCCCAGUUUUGGGGGGUUUGGGGGUCCCCCUGCUUUGCCUUGUGCCUGCCUGUACAUACCCCCUGUAUAGAGCCGGGGGGGACUCCCCCCAAACUCAUCUAUAUUCUGUACUUUUUGGUUCAUUUUGGAUAUUAACUGUGUUAUUUUUUAUACACUUUUUAAGCCUUAACUCAGCGUUUCUUUGGUUUUUGUUUUUUUUUUUUUUUUCAGGGUGUUUUAUUUACCUUUUAUUAAUUUUUAACCCCCCCUAUUAUUUUUUACCCCCCUAUUAUUUUUCCCCUCAUCCCCUUAUUUUUACCCCCCAUUAUUUCUCCCGUCGAUGUUGUACGAUAUCAAUAUUGUAACUUUUUUUGUCAGCAUGUUAAUACUGUGUAAAUACGCCUCUUAUACACUUAGCCCCCCUUUUUUCUCCCCUUUCCCCAAAUUUUGGGGCUUUUUUAUUUUCCUUGCUGCCCAGCCAGGCCAGGCCUCUCUAGCGUUAGUUGGUACCUUGUUAAAAAAGGGGAAAAAUAGAAAAAAAAAAAAGAAAAAAGAGGAGAAAAUGGACAAAAAGUUGUCCCUCUCCCUGUUGUUUCCACCCCCCGUCCUGCAUUGUGAUUCCUGGAGAAGCUGGGGGGGCACAGCCUCACAGUGUGGAAAAGGAGUGAAACUCCCCCAGCCCAGCCCCUUUCCAAAAAAAGAGAAUAAAACAGAACAAAAAA